CCCGUGACUCUCUGGACCCGAAAAAACCCAUUUACUUCUCCAGCUAAAAUUGUUUAGUAGACGUGUAGUUGUAUCUAAUUCAUCCACAUCUUCUUGUUACAGUAACAGUACCUGUAUACUUGUAUGCAGCAGCAGCAGCUAUCAAACUAGGAAUAUUAUCUGCGCUGCCGCUCACCUCUCACCUCACACUUCUUCUCUACCUUCAAAUUUUUCUCUAAACAGGUUAGAAAUUCUCUAACUUUGUUUCUUAGGUUUGUUAAAGUUCCAAUUUUUGUUCAUAUUUUGCUUGAAAUUGAACCUCAUGACUUAUGCCAAGGAAACUGCAAAUUCACUUGAUAAUCCACUUGGGAAGCUGCCUGAUCAUUUGUUAGUUGAGAUAUUUAUUCGAGUUCCUGUCACUGACUGGGCUAAAAUAUCUUGUGUCAAGAAACAAUGGGCGAAAUUGUUUGAAGGAGAGUGUCUAUGGCAAGCUGCUCUUGUAAAGACGUAUCCUUUUGCUGGUCUGGCAAAAAGGUGGCCAGGACCAAUUCCUCGAGGAUUAAGUAAAAGGAGGUUCACAGCUUUGUAUAUCAGUAGACACAUCUUUGCCCUAGGCGAUGAGAUGGAUGAGAUUGUUGGUCAUACAUACCUUUUUCUGAAAGAACAACUUGAGAAAUCUUCCAUGCCCGCCCCUUCUACAAUACUUCAUGGGACAAUAAUAGAUCAGUUCAUAUCAUGUGGGAAUCCAAGAGAAAGAGCUCACAAGCUUGCUUCUCUGAUCUGGCUUGCUGUCAUUGACAAUUUAGAGGAAGACGAUAGGACGCUCCAUGUACUUAAGCGUUUGGCUCUGGAGGGAAAUGUGUUUCUUCCAUUUCCAUAUUCAAGAUCAAACAAAGUGCUGCGGAGGAUAUUUGAGAAGCUUUUCACAGAUUUCCGCGACUGCUUGAAUCAUGACGAUUACUAUGAUCUCUUGGGAAGUGCUAAGUCUAGAUUCCAGCCAAUACCAUCUACUUGGUUAGGUUACUAAUCCUUGUCUCACCUUUGCAACAACAACAAAAAAAAAAAAAAAAUAUCCCUUUGUUUCACACUUUCACCUAAUUAGAACUCAUUAAGUGUAGUUGGAAAAGCAAAUGCAAUAGUAUCUAAUUGAUUUCCCAUCUGAUGUGGUAUAUAUCGAUAGGCAUACAGUUUAACAAAAAAAGAAGAAAAAAGAAACGGUCGGUGCAUUCCCUCAGCCAUGUAAAUCAAGUAUGGUAGUAUAUUACCCAGUGCGUAGAUGUAGCAAUGACGAUGAUGCAACUCAAUAAUGAUGUAGACACUCAAACACUACGUGACUGAUGUCUAUAAAUGUCGGCGUACAGUUAAAAACAUGUAAUGGAGUAAUGGUGAGCCCAUUGCAAGUGGUAAAUACUGAUUACUAAACAGAUUAUGGAAUUUGGUUCAUUAUUAUUAGAUUUGUUACUUUGAGUGGGUUGACACAUGAA